AUGAGCAGUUUCUUAGAAUACUCCGUGAUGAGUGGGGACAGUGGCUCGUGCUCGGUCCGGGGUUUUCAGUCAGACCACGGGAUUACAACUUUCCAGGCCUGCGGGGCAAGUGUCAGCAGCUGCGGGACUGAUGACCAUUUCAUGGCGAGCAGGACUUCUCCUGACAGCAUCCCCCAUCAGCCGGGAUCCUACCAGUCCACGUCGGGCUCCCUGGGUCUCUCAUACGGGGCCCAUCCGGCCUGUGCCUCCAGCUACGGAGGCCAGAGUUUCUGCGCCACCUACAACCACUACACGCUCAACCAGGAAGUAGAUUCUCCAACCGCUUUCCCCCAGUGCGGCCCACUGUUAUAUUCCGGUAAUAUAUCCUCUUCAGUGGUCUCCCAGCAUCGCCAUGGUUACAGUGCCGCCCCCCUGGGUCAGCUGCAGUAUCCCCACGCUGCCUAUGGCGGCGGGCACGAACAGGCUGGCCCUUACCCCGGGGCCUCAAACCCGCUGUCCCCCCUCCACGCAGCUCACCUGGAGGCUUGCUGCUCACCUCUGUCGGAGGGCACAUCUGCGCAGACUUUCGACUGGAUGAAAGUGAAGAGGAAUCCACCGAAAACAGUGGCUGCUGUGUCUGGGCUGUGGAGAGCCACUGAGACUACAGCAGGGCGCUGGGUCCAGUUCAGCAGCAGCACGCACGGACCAGGAGAGUAA